AUUUACAGAACUAAUGGGUUCAAAACUAAGGGGAAGCAGACUAGAAGCGGAAGUGGACAGAUGUCGUUCGGAAUGUAAUUGGCGAAGAUUGGGCGAUGUGCUACCUUCUGUACGCUCCAAAAACAGUGGGAUGCAACAGUACGGGGAUUUGUUGCAAGCAGAAUACAUCAUCGAAUCGUUUAUCGAUCAUAGUUCAGAACUUUUGGAACCAAAAGCAGAAAAUAAGAAGCAUUUGGAGGAAGCAGCAAAACUUUUACACAAUACACUGCAGUCUUUAGUGGCCGAAAAGUCGACAAUUUAUUUAGAAGCGAAUUUGUUGCUUGCGAAACUACAUUAUUAUUGUGCAGAGUAUGAACAGGCGAUGCAGGACAUUGAAAACUCUCGACUGGAAUUUGGCGACACACCAUUUGAAUCACUUCGCGGUCUGCGCUUAGUUGCCGAAGCUUAUGCUAUAAAAGGGUUUUCCAUCGAGGCAACGGUAAAGCGCUUGAAAAAGCUAGAUUUGGAAAAAUCUCGGAUGAGAGCACUUUUUUGUUUUGAAAAGUCAGCCGAACUUGCAAUAUCAUACAUCCAGGAGCUCGAAAAAUCAAUAAAUAUACAGAGCAGGAAUGGUAUGCUUUCGUCAAAUACCAAUGGAACAAAUGGAAAGCUGCAUAUUGAUAGAAUGGGAGAGUUGUUGGAAACAACACUAGAAAGAGUACCGUUGUUACGUCUGAGACAUAAUUUAAUUGACAGACCAUGGGAUGAGGAAGGAGUUGAAUGGUACCGCCGAAUCAUGACAUCAUUAGGCGAUAAAGCAGUAGGCGAAAAAUUACAGCAAAGAUUAAGUCGGCAGUUAGCAGAAGUGUUGAUCAGAGGAAUGCCGGAUUCUGGUUACAUGGAGUCGCAAUCUGUUAGCACAAAAUCACAAAACCUAAGGUUUUAUACUGGGUCACAUAGGAGUUAUUUCUCCCCCGCUUCGAGGAUUGAAGAAAUCUUACUGCUACUAUUAAUUAGUGAGGUUCUAGCCACAAAAGACGUUGUAUUGAGCCGAGCCGAAGAGCUGGCGGCCAGUCGUCAGAAUUCACUACACAUAGCUAAAUCAGUGUACAAUUUACUCACUUUGGUAUUAUCGGCUCUACGACAGUACGAACUUUUGUCAAGUAUUCAUGAAAAAGCAAUGAAAUUUGCAAAUGAAGACAAAUAUUUAUGGUUCCAGUUCGCCUUGACGUUAUUUUGCCACGGAAGAUAUAUAAGAGCUUCAAGAAUUUUGUCACAGUGCUUAGCGAUCGAGCAGUAUGAUGAUAGUGCGCUUGCACAGCACAUUUUUGCUGCCAACAUUACACUUGAGCAUCUUGGACAGUAUGAGGAAGCUAUAGCUCAUGCUGAAAAAGCUAUCGAAUUAUGCGAAGGAAAUUGGCUUUCUGGAAGAUGUUUGUUGUUAAAAGCUAUUGCACUAAGCAUGAAAGCAGAAACCGUAGUUCGAUAUAACAAUCGAAAUGAAAUGCGGCUGGAAGUGAUAAAAUUACUUGAAAAUGCUGCAGCAAUGGAUCCAUGUGAUGAUCUAACUCAUUACUAUUGUGCCCGACAGCAUGCUAUCGUUCGCGACUUACAAGCAGCUCGUGAUUGGUGUGAAAGAACUCUGGAAUUGAAUCCGGAAUUGCCGCCUGCAAUAAUGCUUCUUGCACUAAUUUUUACUGCCCAGAAAGAUUACAAAGCAGCGCUUGAAUUGAUUAUCGACGCUUUAGAGGAUUUCCCGACCAACUAUCCACUUACUGUGCUUAAAUUAAUGCUUGAAGUUAAAUUCGGUCGUGUUGAUGAGGCCUUGACAUCAUCGCAACACUUAUUAUAUUUUUGGAAAAAUCGAGAGACAAAUCUUUUCGAAGAACCCAAUGCAUACAUUGCACGAACUGGCAGCGAAGAAAGCCAAAAAAAUAUACGGAAUGAAAGUUUACUGCAUUCAGUGAGCAGUCGUGAUGCUGUAACCGCAACACCGUUUAUUGCUGCUGCUUCAUUGGGUAUUUUAUCAUCCUCUGCGCUUGCGAGCAUGUCUACUAGUGUUGGAGCCGGUGAUGUUGCCGAUAGCGGAUCUGUGUAUACAACUCAAGGGACAUCUGAUUAUGGAACUUCGACUGUUUCACUGUGCUCUAGACAAUCAAGAACUGUGGAAACUCAUUUUAUGAUGAAGGCAAAUAUUUGGCUGGAACUUGCUGAACUUUUCCUUGAUCUCGACCGCAUGGAAGAUGUACGGUCUUGUAUUGAGGAGGCAUCCGCUUUAUACCCAAGUUCACACCAAACAUUAUAUAUCAAGGGCCGGUUGUUAGCAGCUCGAGCGGAUAAGUGUGAGAAUACUGCGAAAUGUGAGCAUUUACGAAGUAAUGCAAAGGCUUCUCUGUUAGGAGCACUUGCAAUAGCACCUUCUCAUGUGUCUUCAUUGCGGCAUUUAGCUCGUAUUUAUAGACUGGAGGGAAAUAUUUCUAUGGCUGAAAAGAUGUUGAGAGAUGUUGUACAGAUUGAUCCAUUGCACAAUGAUUCAUGGCAAGCUCUUGGGAUGAUCCUGUCGGAAGAUGGGCGUUUUGAAGAAGCUCUGGAAUGUUAUUCAAUCGCCUCAGCUCUAAAUUCAUCAACUCCACUUAUACCGUUUUCUUCCUUACCGGUGUUAAUUCGCACCUCUUGAUUAAAAACUUGAACAUUUUUUCAUAUCAUCAUUUGUAUAAUGACUUUUAACAAAAUACUACUUAUUAUUUAAGCAAUAUUUAAAAUUCGUUUUACUCGCCAAUUAAGUCACGGUAUGGUAAAGCAUGUUUAUCCCACAAAUUAGCGAUGAAUUUGCUGAGUGUUCAAAUUGCUUGUUUAACUUACAUGGUAUUUUAGCUUAUGUAGCAGGUCUCGAACAUCAUUUUGUUGUUUCUUAUGCGAUCUACUUACUAGAUUUUUUAGUAGUUUAUGCCUUCUUUGAGUCACAAAUAUCACCAUUUUGUCACAAUAGUUUGAUGACGGAAAAGAUGCUGCUCUUAAAAUAUCAAAUAAGUGUAUAAUUUAUGGUGUAUAAUACGGAUGGUGCGAAUAGGGAUCAUGUUUUUGUAUGUAAAAUUAGUAUUGCCUCUACGCAGGAAAGAUUUGCGUAUUUGGGUCAUUUUGAUGUUUAUUUAUGUAAGACAUGUUUCUUUACUUCGUCGGAACUUUUUUUGGAUUAUUUCAAGCAUGUUUGCGAUCUGUAUUUGCGCUCACAUCUGUCCCAUUGUUUAUGAAAGGACUGAUGGUAUUGACCGUUUGGUUUAAGCGUCUGAAUCGUUUGCGGCGGCAUUUUACAAAUUUGUUAAAACAUUUGUUAGUACCAAUCGCACAAUAACAGUUUCGGACGGAGUAAUGAUAGCAUUUUGAAGUUGAGGGAUUGUGUUUUGAAGGAAGUGUCAAGUCUCAUGUUAAUGGUUCCUAGGAAAAUUUGUGAUUUUUGUGCUGUCUGAAUUGAACCUGAAUUGAAAAAUUGAUCUUACACUUCUUUGACAGCUGCCCUGCCCUGAAAAUCGGUAUCAAACAGGUGAUCUUAUUGGUGACAUCUUUGAAAAAUGUGUUCAUCCUGGAUUCAAAAGUUGAGCAAAUUUCUGUGUUCAUAGCAUACUGCAGUUUUCCGUCGGCUAUCUUGUUCAGAUGUCAAAAUGAUUUUGAUGUUAUCAAUUUAAGCAAGUCUGUUCCUCUGACCCUUUUCAUGGUUUACAUAUGCGUCACUGAUUCUUUUUAUGAUGACAUGUGUACAAUAGCUUUUCUAGAGCAUGAUAACUGUGGACUUCAUAGCUUGACAGCUGUCAUAUAGCAACACAAUGAGUUCG